AUGGCUCCGGAGGUACUGCCAGGGCCCUCCACGUCGAAGCCCGACACCGACAGUGUCGGCAGCUCGUCUUGCAGCUUGCAAGGCCACAGGCCGAGGGCAGAGGAGGGCCACUGGGCUCUGGCCGGUGACUUUCUGUGGGAUGGGAGCUCAGAGGAAGCAUCCCCAAGGCAGUGCGUCAUCGUCCGGGGGCAGCGCAUCGUCCGCGUGUGCAGCGUUCAAGAGGCCGUCGAUUUGGACUUACCCGUGGAACACUACCCGGGUUGCACGGUGAUGCCUGGGCUGAUCGAUGCGCAUGUACAUAUGGAGUUUAGUGAGCACUUCCCCCUCCACCAGCAGCCGGAGUUCACGGCGAUGCAGCUGCGAGAAGCCAUGGCCGAGCGCGCCCUGCGCAUGUUGCGCAGCGGGAUCACCACCGCGCGGGACUUGGGAGGGCGCAACUAUGCAGCGAUUGGUCUUCGAAAUGCCAUCCGUCGGGGAGAGUGCUUGGGCCCUCGCUUGCUUUGUGCUGGGCAACCGCUGACAAGGCCUGGAGGCCACUGUCACCAGUGGGGCGGCGAGGCCGGCUCACUCGAUGAGGCUUUGGCAGUCGUCGACCGCCAGGUGGAGAAUGGCGUUGACUGGAUCAAGGUCAUGGCUACCGGAGGAAUGCGAACGCCAGGGACCAAUGUAGAGGAAGCAACCAUCUCCGUUCGGGAUCUGACAGAGGUGGUUGGCCGAGCCCGCGAAAAUUCGCUGGCAGUGGCGGCUCACGCGCAUGGCGCACAGGGCGUGGUCCACGCAGUGCAGGCAGGCUGCCGAACCGUGGAACAUUGCAGCUGGAUUGCAAAGGCUGGCCAGUGGGGAUGCGUUGAUGACUCCACCGUGGAGGCCAUGGCGCGACAGGGCACAGCUGUUGCCCCAACUGCACAUGCAAACUGGCGGUACAAGCCUAUGGGGGAGCGCAAUUACACGCGAAUGUGCGCAGCCCUGCAAAAACUGCGCGCUGCUGGGGUCCUACUGCUGGCCUCCUCCGAUGCCGGGGCGAUACCAGGUCUGCCUCACGACGCGCUCCACGGGGGCAUUGAGGUCUUGGCAGAGAUGGCCAGGAUGACUCCUGUGGAAGCACUCAAAGCUGCCACAUCUGUGCCGGCUGCGGUUCUGGGCCUGGAAGCAGAGUGCGGUCGCCUGGCACCAGACCUCUCCGCAGACAUCCUGGUUGUCGCUGGCAUCCCCACUGAAGAUCUUGGUGCCCUCGGGCGGCCAGUGCUUGUGGUGGCAGGCGGACGUCGUGUGCAGCCCUUGGCCCCGCCACCACCUUGGCCCAAGGUCGCAAGGCCCAGCCGCCCUCGAGCGCGGCAAACAGGCGCUCUGAACGCACGCGGCCCGAGGAGGAUGGCCUGA